AUGAGCAUUUCAUCCGCCGACAGCGACCCUGUCGGUGGUCUUCCCCCUGCUGUUGCCAAGAGCACCGGGACGGAUACGAGCCACUCUUCAGCCGCCGUACUUACUCGCGCUUUGACCCCACCACCGCCCGAUCACGAUGGAGUAGACGAAAUAUGUGAUAUCAAUAUCACGUCUGCUCGGACAAUGCGCCGCCAUCGCAGAUUGAGUGAUGCUACUCCGUCUGGUGGCGUAAAGUCACGUGCUCUUGAUGCUGCUCUGCGACGUGACGUAAACAGGACACAGCGGGAGACUACACCUGGAGGAAGUCCCCAACGGAAACGUCAAAGAGUUAACGGCGACAGAUUCAUACCCUCUCGGUCCGGCCAGGAUCUUCAAGCCAGUUUCAGUCUACUCCACGAGGAUGGCUCGCCCGCAACGACGUCCCGACAGAAGAAACGUAUCCCACAUGGAGAGCUGCACUUCCAAAAAACUGAGGAAGCAAAUCGCACCUUCUCAACACUACUUCGUUCCGAGCUAUUUGAGGGCAGAAUACCGCAAGCCACCACGCCAAGUUACCCUACUGAUCAGGCCAUGCCUUCAACGUCCGACACUGUUGCUGGUCAUAGUACGAGGUCUCAAACACCGCCAAAACGGUCUUCAUCCCAUCCACCAUCGAUGACACCGUCGACCCCGCACAAGAACCUCUUCUCUUUUAUGUCCCCGCGGAAUGCAUGUGCAGCCGGCCACCUGACGCCAUCUAGAACGCCCCAGAGCCGCCACGGUCCGAACUUAGAUACCCGAACGCAAAUCUACAGCCUCUCUCCAGUUCGCAUUGGGAGCCAACAGAUGCUUCUUAGCCCCAGGCGACAGUCCAGGGCCAUCAGCAAAGUGCCGUACAAAGUCCUCGAUGCGCCUGAGCUAGCAGAUGACUUUUACCUUAACUUGGUUGACUGGGGCAGUGCGAAUGUGCUUGGGGUCGGCUUAGGAUCGAGCGUUUAUAUGUGGAAUGCUCAGACGGGCCGAGUUAAUAAGUUGUGCACGCUCGAGGAUGAUGUUGUGACAAGUGUCUCAUGGAUCCAGAAAGGAACACACAUUGCUAUUGGUACAGGAAAAGGUCUUGUCCAGAUUUGGGACGCUGAAAAAACGAGGCGCUUGAGGACCAUGACCGGCCAUACUGCAAGGGUAGGAUCGCUAGCAUGGAAUACCCACAUUCUAACAUCUGGGUCCAGGGAUCGCAUUAUAUAUCAUCGCGACGUUAGGGCGCCAGACCAAUGGUUCCGCAAAUUAUCUGGUCACAAGCAGGAAGUCUGCGGUUUAAGAUGGAAUUGCGAAGACGGCCAGCUCGCGAGCGGCGGGAAUGACAACAAACUGAUAGUGUGGGACAAGCUUUCGGAUACACCUCAAUGGAAAUUCGCGGAUCACACGGCAGCUGUUAAGGCCAUUGCAUGGUCACCGCACCAGCGCGGUCUUUUAGCGUCUGGGGGGGGAACGGCAGAUCGGAGGAUAAUCUUUCACGACACAGUCCGAGGCUCAAUCAUCAAUGAGGUGGACACAGGUAGCCAAGUGUGCAAUAUUGCCUGGUCCAGGAACUCGAACGAAAUCGUCUCGACACACGGCUACAGUCAAAAUCAGAUUGUCGUCUGGAAAUAUCCUUCCAUGACACAGGUUGUCAGCUUAACGGGUCAUACGUACCGAGUCCUCUAUCUAGCGAUGAGUCCCGAUGGACGCGUGAUCGUCACCGGGGCGGGUGACGAGACGUUGCGCUUUUGGAAUGUAUUUGGACGGCGGCCUGGUGCCCGAGACGACGGCGAUGGAGGAGGCAGACUUUCUAACUGGGGUAUCAUUCGGUGA